AUGUUUCAAACAGAUUGGCACGAAUAUAUUAACAAAAUGAAAAGGCAAAUUGGAGGUAGAAUGUGGUCAUUAACACAAACAGUAGCAGUUUUUAUAAAUGAUGAAUUUCUUGGUAGUGAUGUGGAACUUUUACGUUAUCUAAGUCGAGAUUAUAUUUUUAGUUUACCUGUUGGAAUAGAAUACUAUGAAAAUCGUGCCAUAGAAUGCUGUAAACAAUUUAUGGAAAAAUCUAAANUAAAGUAUUAGUUCCAUAGAAAUUUUCUAUUAAAUAUUAUGUUAAUUUAGUUGUAUUCUGAUUUGUUACCAUUAACUUGUCAACACUUUUUAAAUCUUUGCAUUGGAUAUGAUGAAGUAAAACAAUGUUAUAAAGAUGCUUAUUACAUAAAUACACAUGUGUAUCGUAUAGUAAAAAAUGGAUGGAUUCAAUGUGGAGAUUUGGAAUUAUUUGAAACCAAUAAAGAUGCUGUAAAUGAUGUUAUAAUACCUGAUGAAUCUUACUGUAUUCCUCAUGAUCGUAGAGGAGUCCUUUCAAUGGUAAAUGAUGGAAAACAUUGUAAUCAAUCACAAUUCACUGUAUGUUUAAAACCAAAUCCUUGGAUGAAUCAUUUUUAUGUUGCUUUUGGACAACUUAUAGAUGGUGCUAGAGCUUUAACAAAAUUAGAAAAUGUGUCAACGUAUUACGAACAUCCUAUUAAACAAAUAGUAGUUUCACAAUGUGGAGAAUAUGUUUUUGGAGAUGAAAUUAAGAUGGAAACCGAAUCGAAGAUUUUCCUUAAACAUCAAUCACCAGCAAGCAUGGAAGGAGAGGAUGUAAGAGACAUUGAUACUACAUUUGAUUUUUAUUCCAUUACGCCAUGGCUUGAUAAUAUUGUGGAUACGAUAGACGUUCGUGAUACAGCUUCACUUUUGGUGGCUGAACGAUAUCUGAAUGGUCUUUAUUGUCUUGCAAGUGAUUAUGAACCAGGAAUGGAUAUGCGUGUUUAUGAAAAAAUUCAUCUAGUUGGUAUGACAAAAUAUGAUACAACAACUGCGAAACUGUAUGAUUUGUUAUUGAAUUUUCAUCCAGAUAAAAUGACUGAAUGGGAAAAAAUUACAUUCAUUUCUGAAGUUUCUAAAAUUAUUCUAGCUUACGUUUUUCAUUAUGAACAUAAUGAAUUUUGUCUGAACCAUAUUUCAAUACAUACCCAUUCAACAAUACAUAAAAUAUUAGAAAUUGCACAUGAAAUAGCAUUGAAAGCUAUUGAAAAGGAUAAAAGGGCAUCUCUUUCUCGUGAAUGCGGUGAUUUAAAAAUUGCAAAGAUAUUUGAAGCAAAACAUUUCAAUAAUAUGUUAGUCUCAGAAAGCUGUAUGUCAGUAUUAGAGGAAAUAAUAACUAAAGCCAUACUAUGUUUAAUGAAAGCUUUUGAAGUAGAAGAAUAA